ACACACGAGCGCAGGAUGAAGGAGGUGGAGCCACCAGCAGGUCUCACACACACGAAAGUUGGUUGGCGCACACAAUGGAGUUUAGUCGUGCAGUCGUGCGAGCGCAAUAAACACAUCAGAGCAGGAAGUGGCCGGUCCCGUCAAGGCCAAGAGGCCAAAAGUUUGACGGGUCGCCAAAAGGUCAAGUCUCCCACCGACCAAUCAGAGAUGACGGACCGGGACAGCAGCUCGACGGCCUCCCACACGGAGGACGAGAUGGACGACGAGGAGCCCGGCGAGACCGAGGACGAGCCCGGCGCGGCUGCCAGCUUCGCCGACGUGUCGUCCACGCUGCGCGCCGUCAUCCGCAUCAAGCAAAAGUACCGGGCCCUGAAGAAACGGCGCCAGGAGAUGGCGCUGGUCAUGGAGGGCGUCCCGGGGGCCCCGGCCCGCGGCAGCCCGAAGAUUUUCACCUUUGACCCCGCCGCCGCGUCGGCGUCCAGCUCGCCGCAGCGGAAGAAGAGGAAGAGGAAGAGGAGGGUGCUCUACCCCAACAGGAGGCGCCGGAAAGCGCCCGGACAGGAACACAGCCCGGCCGAGUUUUGUCUCUACCUGCUCAGCGCCAUUCUCUUUGUACAGGUGUACAACGCCAUCGAGAACCUGGACGACCACGUGAUCCGCUACGACCUGGAAGGUCUGGAGAAGACGCUGCGCAGGGAGGUGUUUGGCCAGCAGGGGGCGGUGGAGGCACUCCUGUGGCACCUUAAGGAAUUCCUGACCACGUACGUGCACAACAGGCCCCUGGUGGUGUCCCUGCACGGGCCCAGCGGGGUGGGCAAAAGCCACCUGGGGCGGCUCCUGGCGGGACACUUCCGCUCGGUGGUGGGCGAGCCCCAGGUGCUUCAGUACUUCGUGCUGCACCACUGCCCCCCGGAGGCCGACGCCCCGCGCUGCGCCGAGCGACUGGUCUCGCUGGUCUCCGAGGCGGUCGAGCUCGGCGAGCGGGAGGAGAAGAUCCCGCUUUUCGUGUUGGACGAGGCCGAGCACAUGCACGCCGAGCUCCUCGACGCCCUGCUGGGCCUGGUGGGUUCCCCGACGGCCAACCAGUUCCUGAACGCCAUCUACGUGGUCCUCAGCGACCUGGGACACGAGCUCAUCACCAAGCACCUGCUGCACAACGUCUCCACGGCCACCAAUCACGCCCACCUGGCGCGGGACGUGACGCCCGUGCUGCGGCGCCACCUAGAGGGCCGCCACCCGCUUUGGGCCCAGGUGAACCUCGUACCUCUCGGCCUCCUGGAGAAAAGUCACGUGACGGAGUGUUUUUUGGACGAGAUGAGCCGAGAGGGAUUCUAUCCGGAUCGCGCCCACAUGGAGCAGCUGGCCGCAGAGAUCCGGUACUACCCCGCCGUGGGGGGAAGGGAGUAUUCUGUCAUGGGAUGCAAGCAAGUGGUGGCCAAAGUCAAUUUGCUAUGAAGGGGACAGGACGGGAUGGGGCAGGACAAACCAGGACAGGGGGGGCAAGAGGAUGGGAUCGGACGGGACAGGGUGGGAUCUGACAGGACAGAACAUGAUAGGGUGGAACAGGGCGGGACAGAGUAGAACAGGGUGGGAUAGGAUUGUAAGGGGACAGGACGGAAGAGGACAGAGCAGGGCUGAGCGGCACAGUACAGGGCGAGAUGGAACGGUGCUGGGAGAGGACGAGCACACCAGCAGCAUAUUGCCUACUUUCAUUAACCAUUGGGACUUGAAAUCAAAGUGAAGGACAACCAGGAAGUGAAUGAGCCUUUCCCGGAACGAGGCUACGACACUAUGCAACGUUGGCAGCUAGCUCAGCAACGAAGAAAACAACAACAACAAAAUCACUUCUGAUUUCGUAUGUUUACAUCCAAAGAAGUAACACAAUAGAAAU